AUACGGGAUCGGUGGACAAGUCCACGAUCUGGCGAUACUUUGUUGCAGUCCACGGCCGUGUGCAGUCACAUUGUUUGAUUCAUAAUAUCUCUGGUGUAAGAAGAGUGUCUUACGUGUAACUACUUUGCAUUCAUUCAGGACUGAGGACAGUUUACUUUACGACUUGUGUGCAGCUGAGUUUAUAGGAAAUUAUAACAUGCUGGUUGUGGAUACCGUCUUUUACAAGGUUUUGGCAGGGUUUCUUACGUGUUUUGACGCAAAACAACUGAGUUAUGAAAACAGACGGUGCAGUUCCUAACAGUGAACUGAAAUAUAUUGACAAAAAAAUUAAAAGAAAGCAAAAUAAACUGAGAAAAAUGUCUGCACUAUUGGAAAUAACAAGAUUGAAUGACAAAGACAGAGAGGCAGGAGCUUUAAAACAACGGAAAAGGGAAGCUGAUGCUAUAGAGGAUUCUUUUUCAGAAUGGCGGGAAACAGGCCAAAUAAAAAGCAGCAAAAGGUUAAAAGCGGAAGUUACAGAGGAACAGUCCAAAACAGUAAAAGACAUUGAGAAUUUAGCUGCAGAAGCCAGUAAUUCAAAACCCUCCAAUCAGAGGAAAGAAGGGAGUAAUGAUAGCAUGUCUGAUAGUUCUCACAGACUAUCAAGGACAGGAGAGAAAUUUCUGACUGGUGAAGAAUUCAAAAAACUCAAGGAGGAGCUUAAAGAGAGAAAAAGACUACUAAAUCGCACUCCAAGGUUCAGAUUGAAAGAUGCUGGUGAAAAAUCUUCUCUUAAAACCUCAGAGCAGGAUCGUACUCCCAUAUUUCUAAGUGAUGUACAGCAUUUACUUUUGUAUUCAGCACUUGGACAUCACUCUCCAUAUUGGCCAUCAAGGUGGUGUCAUCUGGAAAAAUACAACCGUUUGAGUCAUGUAGUAUUGCUGGUAGUUGAUGGCUUUUCAGUGAAUGAUUUCAUUAAAAAUGAAGACAAGCUCUCUGAUUUGGCCAGUUUGUAUCCAAUAAAGGUGGAAGUUGUUACACCUGCUGCCUACAAAAGCUGUCUUGUACAGGAUAUUGCAGCUGUACCACUUACAGGUGUCCAGAAAAGCUCCCUUGCUGCAAAAUAUGGUAGCAUGGAAUCUGCUGUUAGUAGUGGUAAAGUGUAUAAAGUAAUGAGAGCUUUCUUUCCUAUUGUUGUUCCUGAAGUAAGUAAGUAAAGAAUCUCAGGAACACCUCCAUCCAGCGACAGAUUUCCACGUACACAUCUUCUGCUAUCUGUUUCACAACUUCUUGAAAAUGGAUACCCUUUGUGUAUAAAGGGGGAGAAUGGCAACAGAUAUUUAGACUAUGUGUAUACGAAAGACGUGUACCAGGAAGUAACCCCUUUAUCACCAAUGUAUGCAUUAGACUGUGAAAUGUGCCAAACAAAUGAAGGGAUGGAACUAACAAGGAUAUCACUUGUGGACGAAGAGUUAAAGGUGUUGUAUGAUACUUAUGUGAAGCCUUAUAAUCACAUAACAAAUUAUUUAACAAGAUAUUCUGGUGUAUCAAAAAAGACACUUUCAAACGUGACUGUACGUCUAGCAGAUGUUCAGGAAAAACUGAGGCAACUGCUUCCUCCAGAUGCCAUUUUGGUCGGACAGUCUCUUAACAAUGACCUCCAUGCUCUUAAGAUGCUUCAUCCAUAUAUAAUUGAUACCAGUGUAAUUUUUAACCUCACGGGUACUAGAUACCGAAAAAGCAAACUCCAACAUCUAUCUGAGAGGUUUCUGGGAGAGGAAAUACAGAUUAGCAAUCAAGGACAUUCUUCUAUAGAAGACAGCCAAGCAUGUAUGAAACUUACACAACUAAAAUUGGCACAAGGUAUAGAAUUUGGUGACGUCAUACAUGCUGGAUGCUUAAGAGCUGAGAGCCAGCGACAAAAAAAUAGUGCUUCCACAAACUCACAGGCACAAGAAUUAGGCGUUAAUAUUAGUCAUCGUGCAUCCAAUCAAUAUGCUGCCAGUCUGUUCAGCCACGUAACUCGUGUAGACAAAACAGCAUCAAUUAUCGGCUGUGGUGAAAUAAUUCAGAAGUACUCGAAUUAUAUAUCUGACUCACUUUUGAAAUCAAAUAUAGGCACUGAAGAUGCUUGUACUCAACAGCUCAAAUGUGAGGUACAGAACUCGGCGAAGGAUGUUGUUCGACGAACUUGUGAAAUUAUGCUGGAGAACUUCUUUACUCUUGCACAUGUAGAAAUUGCGAAUACAGAUGAUGAGAUUGAUAGCUCGUGUAAACGUCUCAAUAAAUGGUGUAGACGUUUGUUUGAACAUGUUGCAGUUAAUGGAUUAUCAGUUGUGUUGUUUAGUGGCAAAAGCAGUGGUCCAAAUGGUGCAUGCUUUAUCUCGCUAAAGAACCCUUUCACAAGAAUUAAAACAUGUUAAACCUUCUUGCUCAUUGUGUAGAAACUGUAAAGGAGAAAAAAAAGUCUGUUAAGUGAGAAACCUAUGUAAGAUCAAUCGACCGACCAGCCUGUUAUUGUUCUUGGUGUAUAAGUCCACAAAUACACAAGUUUCUCUGUUAA